CUUACACAGGCACAAAGUACAGGAACAGGCAAAACAAAACAACCCCCCAAAAUGGAAAAGCAACACCAAUUACCCAUUAUAAGGCCAUUUCAAGAUUCACUAAGAUUUGGCAACAAGUACUACAUAAUUCAGACUGAGAACUCACGUGGUAUCCCCCAAGAGAUUUUAAAACAUCUCCAUAAACGUAAACCUGGAUUGAAGGAGGUGUUAAAUGUGGAUGAGUGUGAUGUGAUCCUGGAUUUCUGCCCCAUUGUGUCACGGGCAGGAACUGACAUGGAAGUUGCUCUGAAUGAACUUAAUAGGUGUUCAGCAUCCAAACCAGCUGUGUUCAUGGUUCUCCAUCACACUUAUGAGCGGGAGAAAAUUGUACCAGACAGCAGCAGAUUUGUAAGCAGGGAAAAUACGCUUACAGUGAACUUUCUCUUUAAUGAAGAUGCUGGCUUACUGGAAUGUGCAAUGAAUGAUAAAGCAUUGAUCAAAAUCGUUGAGCACUUCGAACCUCAGACUCUGUGGCAGCAAGUCAAAAUUGUGUUAUGGUUCAUCAUCAGCAUUGUAGUCAUCAUAGCUGGUUGGACUGGAAGAAUAGUACAGAUUGUGUGGCAGCAAGUGAAAAAAUUUUUUUUGUACAUCAUCAGAACUGUAGCCAACAUAUUUCGUGGGACUAGUACAGAACAGCACAGAAGAGUAUAAAAGGAGAAAUGGAGAUGAAAAAAGGGAGCAAAAAGUGAGAUUUAAGAGUCUGAUCUUCAAAUGUAAUGUAAUCAAACUGGAAUGAGGGGAUGCAAUCUGAAAUCCUAAUAUAGCCUAGUUCAUGCUAACCAAGUUGAACAUGUCUUAUUAAGGAAAUAUUUGACAAUAUUUACAAGCAAAUAAAUAAAUAAUAGAAAACUG